AUGGAAACUUGGCUCGGGCACCCUACGGAACUGCCGCUUCCGUCAAGUACGGUCUGUGUCGAAGGAAAGCUGGGAGGAGGCGGGUGCCGGAGGAACUUCAAAGCCCAGCGGACCCUGCGCGAACAACGCCUGCGCGAUGAGAGGACGGGGGGGCGGUCGGGCCAUUUAAAUGUGUGUGUGGGUGAAAUGGCUGCGCAGGUCGGAGCGGUGCGCGUAGUGCGGGCGGUGGCGGCGCCCGAGGAGCCGGACAAAGGGGGGAAGGAGAAGCCCCGGCCCGGGGCCUCGCCCCGAGGGACUAAGCGGCAGCGCCGGGCGAGCAGCGGGGGCCCCCGGGAGAAGCGGGGGCGACCGAGCCAGGACCCCCCUCCCGCUCCCCCUUACCGGCGGCGUCGCAGCCGCCAACAGCCGGGGCCGCCGCCGCCGCCUCCUGCCGCAGCCUCCACCGUCCCGGGCCCCUCGGAGCCGCUGCUGUUACCGCCGCCGCCGCCGCCGCCCUCGCUGUCCCCCGCGGGGCCCCCUCUGGCCGCCCCGCUGGCGGGCUCGGCGCUCUUCACCUUCUCGCCGCUGACGGUGAGCGCGGUCGGGCCCAAGCACAAGGGCCACAAGGAGCGCGAACGGCACCGGCACCAUCACCACCACGGUGGCGACCCCGGCUCGUCGGGCGUCGCCGGCCCCAAGCACAAGGGCAAGCGGGAGAACGGCGACCAGAGCGCCGCGCUGUCUCCGGCCAAGGCUCCCAAGAGAGAAACACCAGAUGAAAAUGGCAAAACCCAGAGGGCUGAUGACUUUGUCAUGAAGAAAAUAAAGAAGAAAAAGAAAAAGAAACAUCGAGAAGAUAUGCGUGGGAGACGCCUUAAAAUGUACAACAAAGAAGUACAGACUGUCUGUGCUGGCCUGACCCGAAUUAACAAGGAGAUUCUGACCCAAGGACAGGUGAAUAACAGUACAGGAGUUAACAAGGAAUCCUUCAGGUAUCUGAAAGAUGAGCAGUUGUGCCGGCUCGAUUUGGGCAUGCAAGAAUACCGGGUACCCCAGGGAGUCCAAACACCAUUUAUGACUCACCAGGAGCAUUCUAUUCGUAGCAACUUCUUAAAAACAGGCACUAAAUUUAGUAACUUUAUUCACGAGGAGCACCAGUCCAAUGGUGGUGCUCUAGUUCUUCAUGCCUACAUGGAUGAACUCUCAUUUUUGUCUCCAAUGGAGAUGGAGAGAUUUUCUGAAGAGUUCCUUACUCUGACAUUCAGUGAAAACGAAAAAAAUGCAGCUUACUAUGCAUUAGCAAUAGUGCAUGGGGCAGCUGCUUAUCUGCCUGACUUCCUGGACUAUUUUGCUUUUAAUUUUCCCAACACUCCAGUGAAAAUGGAAAUUCUGGGCAAGAAAGAUAUUGAAACAACAACCAUUUCAAACUUUCAUACUCAGGUCAACAGGACAUACUGCUGUGGAACCUACGAGCAGGUCUAUGAGCAGAUAAGUCUUGUUGAGCAGUUAGAUGAAGAAGUUGGUGAUUAUUUCCCAGAAUUCCUUGAUAUGUUAGAAGAAUCACCAUUUCUGAAAAUGACUUUGCCUGGGGCACGCUCUCUAGUCCUCCGCCUCCAGUGUAGAUCCCAGAGUGAUGAUGGGCCUAUAAUGUGGGUGAGGCCAGGAGAACAGAUGAUCCCUACAGCAGAUAUGCCAAAGUCACCCUUCAAAAGACGCCGAUCAAUGAAUGAAAUUAAAAACCUCCAGUACCUACCUCGGACCAGUGAGCCCCGAGAGGUUCUCUUGAAGAUAGAACGAGAGCCCCAUGCUGAUCACGUAGGUCAGGGGUUUGACUGGCAGAGUACGGCUGCUGUGGGGGUUUUGAAAGCUGUACAGUUUAGUGAAUGGAGUAACCAACCUCGAAUAACCAAAGAUGUGAUUUGUUUUCAUGCUGAGGACUUUACUGAUGUUGUGCAAAGGCUUCAGUUAGACCUCCAUGAACCUCAUAUUUCAGAUUGUGUUCAGUGGGUGGAUGAAGCGAAACUAAACCAAAUGAGGCGAGAAGGCAUUCGUUAUGCUAGAAUCCAGCUGUGUGAUAAUGAUAUCUACUUCAUCCCAAGGAAUGUCAUUCAUCAGUUUAAAACCGUGUCUGCCGUGUGCAGUUUAGCCUGGCACAUAAGGCUGAAGCAGUACCACCCUGUGGGGGAAGGCCCUCAGGAUGCUGAAAGCCGUCCCAGCCUAGAUUUUGGUAUCACUGGAAAGUCAGGAUCAGAAGCUAACUCUCAUUGUGGGAAUCUAAAAACGGAGUCUGAAGGAGCGAGUGCAGAGACAAAGCUUCUGACGACUGCUGCUUCAUCUUUCUCAACUCCAUCGGGACUCGUACAGCAAGAUCAGGGGGCUCAGCUCCUUCCAACUCUAAAGCUGGAACCCAGCCUGGAAUCUGACCAACCGCACGAUCCACAGGACCAUUCAAGCACUCCUGUGUGACAUGUACAUAUUCAAACGCAUUUUUUUAACUUUUUUAAAUUUUGAUGUGAAGUUAUAGUUUUAUAACUGGCUUAAGUUAAGUUUUAUUGGAGAAAUCUUGCCUAUAAUUCUAUAAAGAGAAAUGACAUUCCAAAAUGUCAGCAUAUCUUUUUUACACAGAUUAUGCAAAGUUAAGAGUUGUAUCUUAUCCCGUUAGUACAGUAUGUAAUAGUGGGUCUGCUGCUACUUUCUGUUUUAAGGUGUGAGGUAACAGUUCAGUUGCUCUUCAAAUCAAAAUAGGAACUCC